AUGGGAUGCUGGGCGAAACCGCUUUAUGACUUUGGUGGCUGUCUGCCAGGAGGCAAAAGGAGCCUUGCGAUGGGCUACACAACGUCUGGCUUCCAGAGCCCAUUCAACAGCGAUCGAUCAUACGCAGAAAUUAUGAACUGGCAUCGACAUCAGCAGCGACAGCAGCACGGAACAGAACUGGCCUCCGAUGCCCCCUGA